AAUCCAUAGAUGGCGCGCUCGCUGCAUCUACUACGUCAUCGGUCAUACAUUCAUAUGAACUUGGUUAGAAACACUGGAUGUACCUUUGCCUUUGCGUACGUCAUCUCUUUUUCACAGAAAAACUUUACAAAAAAUAGCGAAGAACAGUAACUCCAUAGCUUUAAGAUGAUCACAGACGUGCAGUUAGCUAUAUUCUGCAACAUUCUAGGAGUUGCGCUGUUUUUCUUAGUCUUUCUCUUCCACUACAUAAAUGCAAAUUACACGAAAUGAAGAAUGGAGAAUUGUAAUGCUCGAAGAAAUCGGCUUAAUAUAACCUAUCCUAUGUUGCUGGAUCAUCAGCUGCGAAUCAGUUUGUACAUGUUUCCUUCUCAUUGAUUGUAAAAUAUCCAAUAUGUUAUUUUACAAUUCAAAAAUGUCAGAUCAUUUCAUUGCAUAUCGCAUGACAGAUAAAAAUUAUAUAAUUGUUUUCAUAUAAAAAUAUUUCUAAAAAGAU